UGAACUCAACAAGCCUACUCUGUAAUCUUCUGUUUAGUGUUUAUUGUUGUGUUUGGUGUUUUGUGGAGUUUACCUUUAACAGUAAUAAGUCGGUUUCUUUAGUUAUUAGUAAAAUUAAAGUUAUAUCUCGUCUUAUAAUUUCUAUAUAUGUUGCACUAUUUGCCUGAAAAGUGUUUUUACAUAUUAUUUUAACAUGGGCUGUACACAAAGCGAAAUUUCGCCGCAAAAUGAAACCCCUAGAAAAGGAUGUACCGAUGUUAUAUGGUUGAUUAUAUAUGUAAUUUUUUGGAUUUUAAUGAUAAUAGUUGCUGCAAUAUCUUUUGUAUAUGGCAACCCACAAAGACUCAUCAAUGGGUAUGAUUCCUUUGGAAAUACAUGUGGUGUAAAGAGCAACCAGAAACUUAUCAAUUUUCCAUUAGCUGGACUAAAUACUAUCGACCAAAAGUAUCUAUUUUUUAUGGAUAUAAAAGAAUUGAGAAGGUCCCUUAAAAUAUGUGUUAAACAGUGUCCAAAUCGAAAUAUGGACUCUCUGAAUGAUAUACGCAAUUUUUACCAAGAGACAGGUUCCAAUCUUUGUAGAUAUGAUAUUAAUCCAAACAAUGUUACUACUACUAAGGAUUUGCAUAAUUUUAUCGGUCCAUGUCCCACAUUGCCAGUUUAUGACUCAUUUCCUCUAUUAAAUAGAUGUUUCCCCAAGUCAGCACAUGACCUAGCAGCACGAGUAUUUAAUGAUUUUUAUGACCUUCUCAAUACUUGGGAUACUGUUGAACAAAUGCUGUCGGAUCUUUAUUCCUCUUGGAAGGAAAUGAUUAUAUGCGUCAUCGUAGCUUUCAUCUGCUCUCUAAUUAUGGUGUCAAUCCUUCACCUGUUAGCGACUUUCGUAUCAUGGAUUUUCAUGAUUGUAGUGUCAAUUGUGAGUGUGGCCGGUACUGCCUUGUUAUGGUACACAUACUAUGAGCUAAGAACCAAACAAAAGGAAUUCGCGACGAGUUUUUUAUCUGAAUCACUGAAAAACGAAAAGGCAUUUUUGUGGUACUCCAUAAUUGCGACAAUAAUAACCAUUAUUUUGUUAUUACUCGUAUUUGUAAUGCGUUCACGUGUAUCUUUCCUGGCGGCCUUGUUCAAGGAGACCGCGCAUUGCCUCGGCUCAAUCCCGUCUCUCUUCCUACAGCCAAUUAUUACAUUCUUCUUCCUAGUAUUAUUCUUUACUUUUUGGUCUCUUGUUGUGGUUUGUUUAGCAACAGCCAAUUAUCCUGGAAUACCUUACAAAACAAACUUUUUCAUUAAUGGCACCUCAACGCCGUACCAAAUUGAUAAUGCAGCAGUUCAUGGCCAGGAUGUUAACAAGAGUGCUAAUUAUAAGACGUAUCCUCUGGAACCGGUUGAAUUUGAUCCAAUGUGGGUGAAAAGCAUGUGGUGGAUGUGUCUCAUUUGUUUAGUGUGGGCCAGCGAGUUUAUAUUGGGAUGUCAGCAGAUGACUAUUGCGGGCGCUGUAUCUCACUGGUAUUUUAGGGGACCAAAUGCACAUUCACCAGUAUUAUAUUCGGUAGGAAAGCUUGUAAAGUACCAUUUGGGCUCCGUAGCUAAGGGAUCUUUCCUGAUAACACUUUUUAAAAUACCAAGACUAAUUCUUACUUAUCUACAUGCUAAGUUAUCAGCUAGAGCAGAAAAAGGAUCGGAAUGUGCAAAAUGUGGAUUGAAAUGUGGAAUAUGUUGUUUUUACUGUCUGGAAAAGUUCAUACGCUAUUUAAAUCACAAUGCCUAUACUAUUAUUACGAUAGAGAGGUGUCACUUUUGCAAGGCUGCUGCUAAGGCGUUCAGUACGAUAGUGAACAACGCGUUACAAGUAGCUACCAUAAACAGCGUGGGAGACUUCAUACUAUUCCUGGGCAAGUGCAUUGUGACCGCAGUGACUGGUAUCAUCGGCUUACUACUUCUCAAACGCAACUCGGAUCUGCACUUCUUCGCAGCCCCCACUCUUGUUAUCUGCAUAUUCGCUUUCUUUAUCGCUCACUGCAUCCUCUCCCUUUACGAGAUGGUAGUCGACUCUUUAUUCUUAUGCGUAUGCGAAGAUCGUAAUAUGAAUGGCGCUGAUGGAAAGUGGAAACAUUCCCGACUUGCCGAACUUGGAGGUCACAAGCAGCGCGAUGAGCAAGAUGGCGCCGAAAUGCAGGAUUUACAGGAGAAGUACUAAUAUAUUUUUAGUGCUUGUUGCUCAGACAUUGGCCGAAAGCAAUUUUAUGUAACUGUGAGUCGUGUACCUUUUUAUGCAUCGUGAUUUUGUUAAUGAAUUGAAUUAUAAUUUAUAUAAAACAUGAUCUGUCAUAAGGAUCUAUUUUUACACAAGAUUUUAUAUAAUUAUUAUAUUAGAAACUAUCAUAUCGUACGAUGUGAUUAUUGUUUAUUUUAAAUGGAAAUUUAAGAUAUUAAAUCUGAAAUGAAUACGAUAUACACAUUUCUCAGUGAACCUUGAAAAAAAAAAUUGAAAUUUCAUAGUUAAGAAAUCUGUGUUCAUAUAUUAAUUUUAAUGGGAUAAUUGAUAUCCAGAAAUACUCAUAAUAUUUUUUCAUAAGAUCGGCUUAUUAUUUUUUAAUUAUUAGACAUAAUUUAUUCCAGUGGCUUUGAUGUGGUUUAAGACUCUAUGGCAAUAGAAAUUUAUUUUAUUAUUAUAAUUAGUUAUGUAUUAUGUAAGUACUAGAAGUCGCAUGCAAUUUUUUUUUAAUUAUUUGGUUGCAUAUAUUAUUGCCUGAUGAUCUGCUAUUGUAUCGUUGUGAACUGCAUUCUAUUGUAUUAUUAAUCUUUAAGGAAUAUUUUCUAAAUUUUAAUACUUACGCACAUUAUUUAUAAAUUUUGUAAGGAAUGAUAUUCGUUUUACAGAUAAAUCAAGAGAUAAGCUGUAAUCUUCAGUGCUUAUAAGAAAUACGCUUAAUUAAAAUAACAAUUUUUACUUUAAAGUAUUAUUAUAAAUACUGGUACUUUUUGUAAUAAUCUGUCCAUAAUUGUGAAUUUUUGAUAUUUUUAUACAUUAAGAGUUCGUACUCUGUGCGCCAUAAUAUUUAGUUUUAUUAAUUUUUAUAAGUACUUUAUUAAUUUUUACUUGAAAAGUACAAGUCUAAUUUUUAUAUGUCUAUAUUAGGAUAGUGUAAUUUCGCAUGAUUAUACACUUAGAUAUGCUAAGUAAUAUAACGUUGUGUUUUAUAGUAUUUUACAUGUGUUUUAAAUAUACCUAUUGUAUUGAAAAAUAAAUUAAAUGAUAUAAAAUUCACAAUUUCACGAAGACGAUUGGUC